CCAGUUGUCACGUGACUUCAUCGCUGUCGGUUGUUGAUCAAAUUACACGGACGGACUAGGGAUUUUGAGGGUAUUAAUGUUCUCCAAAAUCGAUGUUUGAGUUAAUACCAGGGACAUGGAAUAAUGUCAUUUAAGGAAGUAAGAGAAUCGAAUGCGGAAUCUACUGUGAUUUUGACAUCGCCUGGAAUUUUAAAGGGAUAAUUUCAACUUACAAGGUGUGAUCGCAAACGGGUUGUGUGUUUGAGCACCGCACCUACCUGAGGGAGAGCCAUUCGCUCAAAGACAACGCCCGGCUGAGCUACGGCAGCGGUCAAUACAUUGUUGUAGCCUACGCAGCUGCGGCCCACCGCGGGUAGGAAAAGAAUUCCAUUCAGAUCGACUGCUUGAAUAACAUGGCUGCUGAUUCGAGUGCUGUUUUACCACAGCACCAUGGUGACACUCUAGGGACCUACGUGGAGCAGUAUGGCGGCCAUGAGAUCCUGGACCUGUCUGAUGCCAGCUUCCAGCAGAAGCUGGAACAGAUCAAGGACCAGAUCAAGAAGGAGAUCCGCAAAGAGCUCAAGAUCAAGGAAGGGGCGGAGAACAUGCGCAAGGUGACCACCGAUAAGAAGAGCCUGGCCAAUGUGAAUAACCUGGUCAAGCAGGCCAACGCGAGGCUGCAGGAGCUGCAACAGGAGCUGAACGAACUCAAUGCAAGGAUAGUGGUCAACACGGAGGAUAUGGCACCUUCAGGUGGGGAGAGCGACCCCCUCUCGCCGGACCAGAAUGACGCGCCCCCACCCAAGCCCAACCCUAACAGCCGCAUCGGUGCCCUGGAGAAGCAGCUUAACAUCGAGAUGAAGGUGAAGCAAGGGGCGGAGAACAUGAUCCACAUGUACUCCUCCGGACCCACCAAGGAUCGCAAGCUCCUGGCUGAGGCUCAACAGAUGCUCCAGGAUAGUAAGACUAAGAUUGAGUUCAUCCGCAUGCAGAUCUUGAAGACGCAGCAGGCGCAGCAAUCGCGGCAGAUCCCCACCGGGGAGAAGGAGGCAGGGGAGGUCUCUGAUAUGGGUUUCCGGCGGACGUCAGCGGUUGAGCUUCAGCUGACUCCUAUUGAGUUCCGUGUAGAGGAGGUGAGACAUCAUUACAAGGUGGAGCUAGCCCUGGUAGAAGGCUUCAAGAAUGUUAUCAAGAUGUACAACAAUGCUAAGACUUCAGACAAGAAAGGAUUAGCAGAGGCACAAAAAGGUUUGGUGGAAGCCAGUCACAAGUUAGAUAUCCUUAGAGAAGGGCUUGAGAAGAGAAUACAGGAGCUACCUCCAGAUCAGACCAGAUUCAAUCAAAUCAAGGAAGAACUCAAGUCGGGCAAAAUAAAGUCUGACAACCCCCUCCCUAAACCUGCUGCCCUGACCGGCGUCCUAGAGGUGAGGAUUAUGGGGUGCCAGGACCUGCAGGAGAUGAUCCCUUACAGGGCCAGGAACAGCAUCACCUCGUUGAACAGUCCCAGCGAGAGCAAAGGGGGCAUCCUCAGGGGGAAGGCAUCCUUCCAUGGCAGGAGCAGUUCACGAUCCUCAAGCACAAAAGAAGAAAUAUCAAAUGAAAUCAGUGCCAUCAUGAAGUUAGAUAGUGUACUAGUUGGCCAAACACCAUUCAAGCCUAUUAGCAACCAAUGCUGGGAUCAGAAGUUUCUCUUCAAUCUAGAUAAAGCCCGUGAAUUAGAGAUCAACGUAAGAUGGAAAGACCAGAGAUCACUGUGUGCUGUCAAGUUCCUCAGGCUGGAAGACUUCCUUGACAACCAAAGGCAUGGCAUGUGUCUUAACCUAGAACCUGAAGGAUUAUUAUUCACAGAAAUCACAUUCACCACACCUGUGAUAGAGAGAAGAACUAAACUGAGGAGGCAAAGGAAGAUCUUCCCCAAACAUAAAGGAAAGAACUUCCUAAGGGCAGGUCAGAUGAACAUCAAUGUAGCUACAUGGGGGCGCUUGAUGAAACGGUCCAUCCCAUCCUCCCUCACUCCUUCGGGGACGUCGCCCCCGACAGCCAUCAGGCCCCGUCCCCCUAUCCAAAGGUUGAGCUUCGGGGAGGCGGACUCGUCUGAAUCAGUAGGAAGUAACUCGCAAGAGGGCGGUGCAGGGUCACCGUCAAAGGACAAGAUGGGCGGAGUAGAAGUACAGGAUGCCCUUUCAUCAUUUGACUUCCUCAACAAUAGUUCCUCAAGCUCACCCAAGGUCAGUUCACCCCUGACCCCACCAGCAGCAAGAUCCUCACCCCCUCCGUCACCCCUGAGCCAGACCCAGGGACAACAUGGAGCACAAGAAAUCUCGGCCAUGGAUGACGGAACCCUGAUGACGUUGGAAAACUUCCGGUUAAUAAGUGUGUUAGGGCGUGGUCACUUUGGUAAAGUGCUGCUGACGGAGUACAAGACAACGGGGGAAUUCUUUGCCAUCAAGGCCUUGAAGAAGCGCGAUGUGGUUGCACGAGAAGAAGUAGAAAGCCUCAUGUGUGAGAAGAGGAUCUUUGAAGCUGCUAACUCUAUCCGACAUCCCUUCCUGGUGAACCUGUUUGCCUGUUUCCAGACUGAACAUCACGUGUGCUUUGUGAUGGAGUACGCGAUGGGAGGUGAUCUUAUGAUGCACAUACACAAUGAUGUCUUCACUGAGCCUCGUACUGUAUUCUACUCAGCGUGUGUGGUAUUGGGUCUUCAGUAUCUCCAUGAAAACAAGAUUGUGUACAGGGAUCUGAAGCUGGACAACCUACUCCUGGACCAAGACGGCUUCCUGAAGAUUGCUGACUUUGGUCUGUGCAAGGAAGGCAUGGGGUACGGGGACAGGACCAGUACCUUCUGCGGAACACCGGAGUUCCUAGCCCCAGAGGUGCUGACGGAACCCUACUACACCAGGGCGGUGGACUGGUGGGGGCUGGGUGUACUCAUCUUUGAGAUGCUGGUGGGAGAGUCUCCGUUCCCUGGUGAUGAUGAAGAAGAGGUAUUUGACAGCAUCGUCAACGAUGAGGUGCGCUAUCCAAGGUUCCUCUCUACAGAAGCUGUAGCCAUCAUGAGAAGGUUACUGAGGAGAAACCCAAUGAGGAGGCUGGGUUCAAGUCAAAGAGAUGCAGAAGAUAUCAAGAUGCAAGGUUUCUUCAGGAAUAUCAAUUGGGACGACCUUCUCAUGAGGAGGGUGACUCCUGCAUUUGUACCUAAAAUAGCAAAUUCUGAAGACGUGAGCAACUUCGAUGAAGAAUUCACGGCAGAGCAUCCAGUCCUAACGCCGGCCAAGGAUCCACGAGAGUUAACCGAUGAGGAGCAGGAGCAUUUCAAGGAUUUCAAUUACAUUGCAGACUGGUGCUAGCUAGUAGGGUAACACUUCUGUAGUGACACCAAAGUCACUGUGGGACUUAUAGACAGGGAAUGUUGCUUGUGCUUUGUGGAUACCUCAUAUGGAUGACUCAGUUGAAGUCACAUGAAAGUAAUUGAAUGGGACUACAAAGAGAGAGAAUGUUGCUUUUGGUUUUGGGAUACCCUACUCGAAUCAGUCCUCCAUUGUAUGUGAUGACACCAAAGUAAUUUUAUGGAACCGCUGCGAUGGACGGCCUGGAGCUUCUUCAGUCAGACCUCAGGAAGGGUUUAGAAGUGGCGAGUGAGAGAAAUUAGUUAAGUUUUGAAGGCUACUUCGGAAGAAAGGUGUUCAGAUACUCAUAGGAUCUGCACUGCCUGAGGACCAAGAAAUGACUUCACCUAAUGAUGUCUACAUAUACAUGUAUGUUGCUCACACAGCAGCAACCUUUUGUAUUUGUGGGUCGGCAUAGGCAGAGUGCCUGUGGAAUAUCAAGAGGACCCCAGUCAUCUUUUGCUUAAAAGCAUACUAUGUAAAGCAGUGAUACCAAGAUGACAACAUGGACCUACAAUGUAUGUGUGACCUGAUAGCCCUUAUCAGAGGACUUCCAAGGAAUCAAUCAGGAAAGAUCAAUCGAUGUCAAAGCAACAGCAGGGUGUUAAGCCUAAGUUUGGCAUAGCAAAGCUUUCAACCAUGACUUUAAGUUUUACAAUACCAAGUUUCUUGAAUCCUGUUCCAAGCUCAUGGGUCAUGAUCACUUGUAACUUGUCACAUAGAUAGAGAAUCAUAGAUAUGUGGUCAAUGUCUUUAGUUUUACUCUCAAAUCUCUCGUCACAUUUUUCUACAAAUAGACACAAGUGACUUUGUAGAGAGGAGUAUAUCACCCAUGUACAAUUCAACGAAUCACCUUUCGUCCGAUGACUGGCUAUCCUUGACGGUUGUAACCUGUGGUGCUACGGCUACGAUGCGUCAAUACGGUGCUUGGAUCAAGAUAUAUGAAUUUGAUAUAAAAUAUAUAUAUAUAUAUAUAUUGGAAUGUGUUUAAGGAAGGAUAUAUAUAUAUUUUGAGGUGAUACAAUUGUUGAUAAGAUGUCAGAUUUGGUUCUUAGAUCAUCGCAUAAGCUUCCAUGUAUCGAUAAGCAUACCCAUCAUAUCGCUACACCUUGCCACGCAUAGAUAAUGUUAUACUCCAGUCACGGCGCCAGACUGACUAAUAACCAAGAGGAUCGUGGUCUUGAAAAUUCUCUUUUUUUUUUAGAAACGGUAGAAAAUUACUUGUUUCAAUAGGCUAUUGCUCGCCAUUCUGUAAGAUUCGUAGCUCUGAAGGAAUUGUAGCACGGCAAGCAAAAGCUUACAGAAACAAGUAUUUUUCCUACUGAUUGCGAAGAAAGAACUAACUUUCAAAAUACAUCUCCAAUCAGAUGAACCUCUUCAGUGAUUCAAGGAUCUUGGCCAUUAGGAGUGAUUUAAUUUUAUUUGGGCUGUUGUUUGUCAGGUGUUGGUUUCAGCGGUGUGCCUGUGGUAUUAGGCUAAUUCCCACUGCUGAUUGUUGCACAUAGUUUUUCAUAUUGCAUGGUCAUCAUGUUAGGAAUUUGGUGAAUAAGUAGGGGUAGUUCAAGCUACUGCAGUGACACCCAAAAUCUAUUAGAAUAUGCCCCAACCUUCAUGAGCUAUUUCAUCUUUGUUCCGAUAUCACCUUAUUAGGUAUACCGCAUUGAUGAUGAGUGACACAUCGAUUGAUGUGCAUCAGAAAUUGUUGCAUAACAAGAGCUUUUGAGAUGUUACCUCAGUGGGAUAAUAUAUAUAUAUGAUGAAACAGGACCAUACAAACAUGUUUUCAUAUAUGUUUUGUGGAAUGCUAGAGGACAAAAGAGCCGUGUGAGGAACCUUUUAUUCAGAGUGAUCACCUAAAAAAAAAACGAUUUGCUUCCUUCAUUAGAGUCUGUACAAGCAGUUUUAAUAUGAAUCAUUUAUAAAAUGAUUGCUUUUUGGGCCUGAUGAAAAACACAUUUUUCGAUUGAGGGUGUGUUCUGAAGCCCCUAAAAAGUUUGUUCAUGAGAACAGCCCCCAAAUUUACUUCCUAUGUUAAAUGUAGGUGUCAACUUGAUAAAAGAUGUAAAAACAGAAAAAUGUAUGUGCCCUGCACUGUUAGGUAUUGGUUUGGAUAUUCAAUGGAAUAAGGCAGCAGUUUUCUUAUCAAAGGCUACCAUUUUUUGUUACAAAUUGGUAUCGAUCAAGUUUUGUUGGUUUUGAACGAGAUAUUUGAUUGGUGUAUUUAAUGUUAUGAAUAAAAAGGACUUAUUAAUGUUUCCAUCCACAUUUGACAGUACUUUAUCACUUGAUAUUGUAGGGAUUGGUAGGACUUGUCAUUGUGCCAAGAACUGCAAAAAAUUGUAUUCAUUUCCGCUUCUUGUUUUUCUUAUUUCAGUUGGACCUUUGGUCUCUCUGAGAAAUCUCUGGGGAUAUCUCACAACUUUGGCCAAAUUUGUAUUUUGUAGGAUUUUGAUUAUGAAAUAUACUCUCACACAUUUGUGGUGAUGUUGUUGCCAAUUUAACGAGACAGGCACAAAAGAGGUGCAUAUUAUUUGGAUAAACAAGUAUGUAUGCAUCUGAUAGUACCUUGGUGUGUUCUCCUAGUGUGUGUUGGGAAUAACGCUCAUAACCUGUGCCUUUAAUUUCAAAAUGAGUUGUUCUAAAAAUGAUUUUUAUUCGGAGGCACUGUCUCUGUGUCUUAAAGGUAAUACACAUUGUUGCUAGAAGUCAAAAAGAUAAAAAGAUUUAUCUUCAUUUUUUCACUUAAUUUUGAAAUACAUGGUUUCCCUCAUACAUGAAUAGCUUUUGAAGCUAAAUGAAGGGAAAUUACAUUUAUGUGGUCAUUGAUUAUAUAGAUUCACGAAGAAAACAUGUUUGACCAAAUUUAUGACCUUGACUAUUAAACUCUUGUGUAUUACCUUUACGAACAUACUCAUGCCUGCCUGGUUUGUAUUUGUUGAGCACUUUGUGUUCAUUUUUGUUAUGAAAGUGUUUAUUAGUUUCUAAAUUUCCUGAUGCCAUUCACAAGUUGCAUCAAUAGAAAUUGGCCGAUGACACUUGAAAAUGAAACAUUUUCUAUUUUAGAGAGUAGGAAUUUAAAAUCACAAUUGUUUGAUAUGUGAAAUUGAUAAUUGUAUGACUUAUGGUAUCCUUUUUGUACAGUACACUUUAUUUCUAUCAAAGUUUUUUUCUCAUUUUUUUUAAAUUCCAGUACAGGACUCUAUAAAGGCAUUUUAUAUCAUAUUCACUAUUUUGUGUGGAUCAGCUAUUUAUUAAGAUAUUGUAUUCAAAUUUAUUGCUUUGUCUGAAAAUUGGCUAUUUUGAAUAUAGUCUUUGUAGGUUUAAAUGCAUUAUAAAAUGUUUAUUUCAAUGUAGUUAUUUCUAACUAUGUUUGGAACACAUGAAUUUGUAAAUAUUUUGUAUAUUUUUCUGGCUCUCAUAUCUCACUUUUGUGAUGCAAUUUUUUUAUUGGGAGAAAAAACGACCAAGAAGAAAAACUUAUUAGGAGUUUAAAAACUGUUUUCUCGUAGAAGUGAAACUGUAUUGCUGUUUAGUCCCAUGUCUUCCCUGAAUGGAGUGGUUUCCAAUUCUGUGUAUUUAGUGGAUUGAAACACUGAAUGAUAAAACGGACACCAUAUCUCUUUGUUGUAAAGUGUAAGAGAUGCUUGUGUCAAAUUAUGAUACGACUCUGGAAAUCGGAAUCGAUACCAUUCACUUUUUUGUAAUGUAAGGCACAGUCGGAAAGCUUGUUCUUUAAUAGAUGUGUUGUCAGAAAACUUAAAUGAGUAAACCCUGAACAAUAGAUAAGCAAAGUUUACACCAAACACCUAGUUGGUGUUUAUAGAAGUGUGUUGUUAUGAUUAUGUUUUCAAGAGUGGUCCUAGUGUCCUAGUUGAACUCUCAUGUAGUCAUAUUCAACACCAAAUAUUGUUGGUGUAAAGUGCUGAAUUUAAAUAGCAAUGGUCAAGUCUCUACUCUCUGUCGAUACUUAAGUGUUUGUUUUAACACCAAGGUCAGAAACAAACACCUUACUCAAAAUUAUCCAGUGAAUCAUGUGUUGUUGCAUUUCAAGAUUACCGGUCAGAGAUGUUUUUGUUUGUUUUUCUAUCUCAUGUGUGUAAAAUUCAUUAUUGAUGAAUUUACAUGUGAAGGUGUACAUGUCCCCCAACUAUGCAUUUCUUCAGGUUUUACGUUUAAUAGUCCCCUCUGUACCUAUCAAAAAGUUCUAUAUCAUAGGUAUAUUGGUAGAAUAAAUGCUUCUCUUUUUUAGAGGAGGGGGAAGGAAGAGGAAAUGUGAGAGGCUCAAGAGAGGGGGUUCAUGUUGGCUGUCAUUCUAUUUGAGCUUCUAUUUAUUCAGAUAUUCAGGGUUUCGUAACAAUAUACACAAGCAGGCUGUAAAUAUGGCCAGUUUAAGCAAGCCUUUUUUUAUUCGCUUCUGAUUAUUGUCAUGACAGAUAUUUAUUCAGCAAUGCGUGAAUCAUAAUGGUAUACUCUAGCUCAUGCAAGAUAUACCAUACAUAUAUUGAGGUGAAAUGAGAAAUUUUCUAAUUGAAAUCAUCUUUUUGAAGGGAAUCCUAGGUAUAAGCUUACUGAACCAUUCUAUGAAGCUUAAAAGGAGCUCUGUAAUUUUUGUAAAGUUGAAUUUAAAAUUUAAAAACCUAUUUAUCAAUAGAUGAACAUCAGCUGAAAUGAGCAAUAGCCAGGGUAGCGUUUCACAAAACCAGUUCACCAACAUCACAUUGAAGCAUGUGUGAUGUUGAUGAACCUGUACUUACAAUUGUUUCGUGUAACCAGGGACAUGCUCCCUGGUGUAACAAUGCACUGAUUUCUGAACUGCAUAACACCUAUUCGUACUAAUAUAAAUCAUCAAAUAUGAAAUGUGUGUGCAUUUCCAAAACCAAUAAACAUUGAUAGACAUCACAAAUUAGAACCAGUAGCUUCUAUAAAAAGUGUUCUCACUGCUUAGUGAGUUGUGUCUAAUAAACAUGCUCUAGUAAUCAAAAUAAUACAUUGCUCUUAGUGCCUCAUUCAUUCCAUUAAAAGAGCAAAAUUCUUUGGCAAUGAGAACAAUGCUUAAUUGCAAGUCAAGCCACUAGGUAGUCGGUAGUCAAUGAUUUGACUGAUAAGAGUAGAUGUCAUUUAUUUUCUCCCCUUUUUUGUCAUUUUUUUUCCUUGUCUGUAUGAGCCACAUUUGAAUGUGUUUGUAUGUUGGAUAACAUGUCAUUGUAUAAUAAAAUAUUUUGAUAUAACAAGAAA